CUUCACCACCCGGACGUACACAAUAAUGGAUCGCCAGCAAAACGAUGCAGGCGUCGAAGGAGAAUGGACUCGGGCAAAAAGAACAGACCUCGCAUCCCCAAUAAGAUGAAGAUGUAGGCCUAUUGAAACUGUGGACCAGAGAUGCUGCUCGGUUCAAAGAUCUCUCAGUAGCUACAUUAUCAGUCAGUUCUGGUGGCGUUGAUACAAGCGAUCAAAUUCCAAAGCAAGGUUCGACAUGUCAUUCUUCUCCCACAACUAGGCUAUAGACCAAAUAACCGAAGUCACAUCGUGCUCCUUGCGUCUUGUAAAAGCUCCUCCGUCUUCUAAAAGGUUCUUGAUAUGUCUUAUCAAACCUAUCGCGUCGAACGACAAAACAGACCCCUGGGGUCUUUGAUGGUUUUGUAUUGGGAAAAAAAUGGUGUUUUCGAUAGUGUCUUUUCAUUGGUCGGCUCAUAGUCAGACGGUGUGUUAAGUUCUUGCUGAUUCGUCGAACUUGCGGCUAUAGCCAAUGAGAGCAGUAUACUUGUCUUGGGGGCUGGCCGAAGAAGCGCGAAGUCCCGACUUCUGUCAGAUACGCUAUUGCAUACUUUCUAGAAAUUAUGGCUCUUAACCGGUUGGUACAACUUUGCCCAUGAAGUUCACACCUUCGUGACAGUAGUUAUUAGAGUCACCUCAGCGUGUGCGCACUGCAGCUAUGAUACUGAAAAUCUUGGACGUGAAGAAACCAGCCUUCCCCUGGUUUGGGAUGGACAUCGGCGGCACGCUGGUCAAGCUGGUCUAUUUCGAGCCCAAGGACAUCACGGCGGAGGAGGAGCAGGAGGAGGUGGAGAGCCUGAAGAGCAUCCGCCGCUACCUGACCUCCAACGUGGCCUACGGCGACACGGGCAUCCGCGACGUCCACCUGGAGCUGUGCAACCUGACCAUCUGUGGCCGCACGGGCAACCUGCACUUCAUCCGCUUCCCCACACACGACAUGCUUGGCUUCAUCCACAUGGGCCGCGACAAGAACUUCUCCAGCCUCCACACCACGCUCUGUGCCACCGGCGGAGGCGCCUACAAGUUCGAGGAUGACUUCCGCAUGAUCGCCAACCUGGAGCUCCAGAAACUGGACGAGCUGGACUGCCUGAUCAACGGCCUGCUCUACCUUGACUCGGUGGGCUUCAACGGACACCCUGAGUGCUACUUCUUCGAGAACCCCUCGGACCCUGAGAACUGCGUCAAGCGGCCGUGCUGCCUGGAGAACCCGUUCCCCAUGCUGCUGGUCAACAUCGGCUCGGGGGUCAGCAUCCUGGCCGUCCACUCCAAGGACGACUAUAAGCGGGUCACCGGGACCAGUCUGGGAGGGGGGACGUUCCUGGGUCUGUGCUGCCUGUUAACAGGCUGUGAGACGUUCGAGGAGGCUCUGGAAAUGGCCGCCAAAGGGGACAGCUCCAACGUGGACAAGCUGGUGAAGGAUAUCUAUGGAGGAGACUAUGAGCGCUUUGGCCUCCAGGGGGGCGCUGUUGCCUCCAGCUUUGGCCACAUGAUGAGCAAAGAGAAACGCGAUAGCAUCAGCAAAGAGGACCUGGCCAGAGCCACACUCGUCACCAUCACCAACAACAUCGGCUCACUGGCGCGCAUGUGCGCCGUCAAUGAGAAUAUUGAAAGAGUUGUUUUUGUGGGCAACUUCUUGCGAAUCAAUACUGUGUCAACCAAGCUGCUAGCCUAUGCUAUGGACUUCUGGUCAAAAGGACAGCUUAAAGCCCUCUUUUUGGAACAUGAGGGCUAUUUUGGGGCUGUCGGUGCUUUUCUUGAGUUACUAAGGAUGACCGAUGACCUGUAAAACAUGAAGGAGAACCAAUAGGAACCAGUUUGUGAGGUUCCAAGCCCUAACAUGACAAGCUGCUUAAAUGGUGUCAGGAAAAGCCACUAUCGGGGAGAAGCCAUUUUUGAAAAUGAUGUAACUGUCUAACAUCAUUGCCUCUUUCCCUCCUCACUAUUAGUCGGAUUUACUACUAAUUAAUGUAAACGGUCUCUUAGAGGAGAGAAAAAAAAUAAUAUUUAUUUUUUAUUUUGCUGCUGAGAAGCACGCCUUCCUGGUACUGCCUGUAGAGAAAUAACAAUCCAUGUGUUUCUUACCAGUGUCCUCGAAAGCCAGAACCUACUGAUUCACUUUUGUUUUGUUGUUUUGUUGUUGUUUUGUUUUUGUUUGUUUUUUGUUUUUGUGCUAACUCUCUGACCACUUCGUAGGAAAUGGACCUAAAAGUUAAUGUACAGUAGUAGGUUUUCAUUCCGCUUUUGCGGUCCAACGUGCCGCUUAUAUGCAGUCUUCAGUCAGAAUCAGUUCAUCAUAAACGAUAGAGCUAACUACAGUGCUACCAAACAUCUCAUCCUAGUCACUCAUGCAGGAGACUUUUGCUUGUAAAUACUUUUGUGUUUUUAUUUAAAGAAAAAAAAAGAUAUUUGCCUCCCUACUUUACCUAGAAUGCCGUCUCCAUGCACGUCCAAUGAUUGACAUGGACCAAACAGUGACUCUCGAUAAGGAACCAAGUUCAUGCCCUGAGAUGUGACCUCAGUGCAAGUCUCACAAAAUCAACUGUCACGUAUACAGCGACUCAGUAUCCAUUAACUCACAUGGCAAUUUGGCGGUGUAUGACUUACAGGUGGUGAGCAAAGGACACCGGUCAAAGCCAGACUAACACCAGACUGAAGGACUGAGUCUGUUUUAAACUCUAGCCUACUGUGAGAUGAAUGCAGUCAUGGCCUUUAGGGGUGUUUAACUAGGGUUAGAGUUAUAGCUUUCGAGUUUAGUGUUGAACUCUCGCCAAAAGAUUCAGAAACAAACGUCUAUGGUGAGAAAUGAGAUGCUGCUUGUUGCAUGGCCUGUAAAGAGCUAAUCUGCAUUUUUUUGUUUUAAACUGACCUGUUAAACCCUUCUUCAUAAUGCCUUCCCCCCUCUUUCUCAACCACCUUGUCCCAUAAAGCCAAAUGUAUUCUGUGCAGGGUGAAAUGCAUUGGAGUGGGACGCAAACGUAUUUUUAAUGUUUUUAGAGUUGACUCGGAAGAGAGAAAUGCCUUUGCCAGUCUUGAGCAAAGCUGUGCACAAAUGCUUUAUCAAAUAAACUGGGCAGUGAUUCCAAAAUGUUAUAUAAACUACUAUAAUCAACCAAUGUUAAAUCAACCGGAAAAUCUCCGAGAACAAAUGAAAAGCUGCAAGUCACUGGAGUAGUGCGUAAAAAAAUGUGUUUUGUAGAUCUGGAUUCGCAGAAACAAAUCCUAAUUUCAGUGAUUUCAUAAUCUGCCUAAAAUGCUUAUAGUCAAAAAACCAAAAUGGCAUUAUUCUUCUCCCUACCUCAGUCUUCUACGACCCUGAAGUGUACCCCUUCACACUGUGGCUGGGGUGAUUCCAAAUUGUCUUGUUCUAUGCCAGUCUACAAGCCUAGUUUGGGUUUUCCAAACUGACAUUACAGCUAAAAUCUGGUUAAUAUACAUGAUAUACAUACAAAAAUGGUUGGCAUGAAGUAUAUCUUACAGGACUUUUAACAAAUGACAGGAUCAUGGGAAUGGCCCGGUAGCAAUUCUAAGUCACUGAAUCUAAAUGUUGCCUUUCUGGUGUAAAUCAGAAAAGAAUUCAAGCAUAUUGUAAAUAGCUUCACCCCAGCAAUUGAAAACAAACAUUAAGCCAUUAAAUAUGAAUAUAUAAAUGGCCAAUAUCCAUCAUCCCAGUCAAAAUCACUCCAACAGGAUUGUUCUAAGCAAUAUAUGAAAACAAUCACUUUGUUGGUUUAUUCCACCUACAUGAAAAAGUAAUAUAUGAAGAAGAUAUAACUGAAGAAUCUUAAGCUGUCACCCAAGUGUUUUACACUCCUUACAGGAUGUCUUAGUGACCAUACGAAACCUGCGUAUCCUUUCCUUUGACACUCUUUGGUGUCAAAAAAACAACCAAGCCAGUCAAACUCUACAUCUGCUGGAGUGAGACUAGCCAAACACUAUGAAUAUGUCAGUGAAAGUAUUUUUGUCUUACUUGUAAAUAGAACCAGGUCCCUCUUUCCUUCGCUAUCUAUCGCUACCUCUAUCAAACUUUCUAUAUAUCCAUUUAACUUUCUUCUCUUUCUCUUACUGUCUAUCUAUUUUUUCUUCCUUUACUGUCUAUGUCUGUUAGUCUCCAUUUCUGUUUCUCUAUGGCCAGUCCCCUUUAUUGCCUUAUGCAGCUUUAUAUAAUGUUGAAGUUGGUUUAAUUGUGUAACACAAUAGCAACAGUCUUUCUUUUUUUUUAAGCUUUAGUUUCAUAAUUGCUGUGAUGCUACUGCAUCUACUGCAAGUUUCUGACUUAUCCAUGAUUUUCUAAUCAUAAAAUAACUGGCACGUUUGUACAAUCUUUCUUUGCAAAUGCAGAUAAACUAAUGAUAAAUAGAGUAGCUAUGCUGCUAAUUAUUUAGUUAUUGAUCAUUUCGAAAGAUCGACUGAAAAAUGUCAUAUAUGGUAGUUUUUAAUGUGCAGGUAUAUUUAUCAGAUAUGUAUAAUCUGUGUUUUUUUUAUUAAGGAAAAUGGCUUUGAACAUCUUGUUGGCUGUUGUUAUUAUGGAGUGGUACAAAUUCUUGCAUAUAUGCAAACAUUAACUCUUUGAGACACUCUUCCAGCUUUUAAACGGGGUGCCUUCGUUCAUUCAGCUUGAACUGUAUUUUUCUUCAUGUUGUGUCUUCCUUCACAAUACACAACACAGACGUCACAAUAUCCCCUUCUGCUGUCCUAGCCACUGUCCCGAUGUCAGUCCCAGAUGUCUUACUCACGUUUCUUUGCCUUGUUGCAUGUGCCCCUUGUUUGUGUUCCUGCGUAAGACACGGCGGCCCUGUGAUGGGCACGAGUUAAAAGCAGUGUUUAGCACGUCACACUGAAACCAUAUCGGUGGGAGCAGUAUAAACCCCUCAGCAUCAAACCAGAGGCUUAAACUUAAUUACGUCUGUAACUUAACCCCGAGGUGGAGUGGGGUUGGGGUGGGAUGGAUCAUGAAAAUGGUGAGGAAUGUGGCUUUGCACACUGUCUUCUGUGGUUACAGUGUUUGUGUUGUCAUUCAUCACUGUCCAGGCUGUUAGUGAGGUUUUCGUUUUACCCACAAGAGUGGUCUGCGAUAUGGCUGAAAACCAGACCAUAAGGCACUGGACAGUGGCUCGCGGGUCUGCCGGGCCUCCCCCAGGGCAAAUGGUUUUUUGUUUACUUUAGUUCGGCAUGAAUGAAUAUGGCCGCUCAUCCUGGCGGCAAACAUUAGCCUCAGAAGUGCAGCGGCUUUGCAGUUUUCUUGCUGAUGGGGUUUAUUCCAGUUACUUUUUUUUUUUUUCAUGUGAUCAGAGGCACUCUAACCCGGCUUCAAAAAAGUAAAAGUGCUGCUUUGUACUCCCUCUGCUCAUGCACUACAAUGCAAAUUAGGAUCAGCCACUGAAGUGACUGGUUGGGACAAACAUGUGAUAGGACUUUUAUUUCCUGAAGCCGGGAUGUCUCCACCUCUGCUCACGAUUAGUUGAUGCACAGAAAUCACGGCAGGUUUUCCUGUUAUCUGGAAAGCUGUCGUGAAGCAGCAGUCUCACACUGUAACCUCACUCAGAGCCAGACAUGCAGUACUGUGCAAAGUUUGGUGUGUACUUUUCCAUGGCCUGAAGGCCAGGCACCUUUCCAAAAAACAAAAACAAAACAAGACAACAAUAACGGUGCCUGAGUAAACAGGUGUUGGUUAUAAAGCCCUUUAGUGUUGGGACACACCGGCCUACUUAAGUAUCCUGAUGUUUGAUGGGUGUUUACAUGAUAAAACAGAUUUUGUGGUGUAAUACCAUGAGGAAUGAAGUGUUUAUUAAUGUAUUUUUUAAUCAUCAAUGUCAUGAUUUUCUUUUCUUCCUCUUUAAGUCUAUUGCUCUGCUCUCCCUGUCUGUCUGAACAUGUUGUAUAUUUUCAUUAAAUGCAUCAUAACUCA